AUGACUGGUGAUCACAUCAAGGUUGUCUAUUUUAACGGACGCGGACGAGCUGAAUCGAUCCGGAUGACACUUGUGGCAGCUGGUGUGAACUACGAAGAUGAGAGAAUUAGUUUCCAAGAUUGGCCGAAAAUCAAACCAACUAUUCCGGGUGGACGAUUGCCUGCAGUGAAAAUCACCGAUAGUCAUGGGCACGUGAAAUGGAUGGUAGAGAGUUUGGCUAUUGCACGGUAUAUGGCGAAGAAGCAUCAUAUGAUGGGAGGAACAGAGGAAGAGUAUUAUAAUGUUGAGAAAUUGAUUGGUCAGGCUGAAGAUCUAGAACAUGAAUAUUACAAAACUUUGAUGAAGCCAGAAGAAGAGAAACAGAAGAUAACCAAAGAGAUACUGAACGGCAAAGUGCCAGUUCUUCUCGAUACUGGUGAAAUCGAAGUCGAAAAUCCUUUCUUCGAUAAUAAUGGUAAUAAUGAAAAGAAUAAUAACGAUAUUGAUAAUGGUAAUGGUGGAGAGAAAGCGUUGAAUACAAGUGGUAGCUCAGGUGAAUUGAUUGGUUGCAGUGAUUUAGAUGAGCACAUUAGUGACUGUGUCAAUAAUGGAUUUGCCGACGACUUUAGUAAUCUAACAACAAAUACCACCACCAGCGGAGAAGUAACAUUGAUCACUACAACUACAACCACUGUACCAACACCGAUACAAUCAGAGAAAUCACAUGCAGCUAGUAAAUAAGUUGUUGUGGAACGAGAAUUAAAUCACCUCCAAUAUUUAAUGCUAAUCAUUAUUUUCAUUGUGUUUUUGCAUGUCGUCUGUUAAUGUGAUUUGUGUAACAGAUUAGAUAAUCUUUUGAAAUUCUACAAUCAUUCAUAUCAUUUUCCAACAUAACAAAUAGUAUCAUUGGUCAGUUGUAACGUCAUCCAGUAUACACUGAAGUCUUCGAAGCACAUUUGAAGUAUGGUAAAGUACAUAAUUUCCUUGUAAUAGAUUUAUCCGGAGACGUUAUUUUUCCCUUCAGGAUACAAACUUUUCCCAUAUUUAUACAUCAUGAUUUGAGGUUUUUAUCAUUUCGUUUGCUGUCACAGAUAACAACGUGCUAAACAUGUCAAUACAUUUUCGUUUUUAUCAAAAGUCAUACAUUUUCAGACACUACAUAUUCAAAGUUUACUGAAAAUUUAUUCAUUCUAAAGUACUUGUCGAAAAGCCAGUUAUUUUUCUAAAUUUUGAAUACUGUACCAAGUAUAUCAUCCUCGCAUUGUGCUGUUUGUUUAUUGGUUUAUUUUUGCUUACAUCACUUUUCAUCAAUGUUCUUGCGUGUAUAUGUGUGCAUCUCCGUGUAGAUUCUUGUUUGUAAUAGGUAGUAAUCUGUUGUUCGGUUUAAUUCGUCUUGUUACUUCAAACCACAUUUUGCUACCAUGAACUUGUGUAUCUCCCGUAAUCAUUAGUUGAAUGUUAUUUCUCAAAUAGAAUAAAUGAUUCCACAGGA